UCAGCCCAUCUCACCAACAAGCCUCAUCUACAGCCUCAACAAUCACUUUUCUCUCCCAUCUAUUACUACUCAUUUACACCAAAACAAACAAACCACCACCAUCAUGAGAUUCACCAUCGCCCUCACCGCCCUCUUCGCCGGCGUCGCCCUCUCCGCGCCCCUCGAGGAGCGCCAGGCCGUCUACGUCCCUUGCUCCGGCCUCUACGGCACUUCGCAGUGCUGCGCGACGGACGUCCUCGGCGUCGCUGACCUCGACUGCGGCAACCCGCCUGAGGCGCCCACCUCGGCCGACGAGUUCAGCUCCAUCUGCUCCGCCAUCGGACAGCGUGCCCGCUGCUGCGUCCUGCCCCUUCUUGACCAGGGCAUCCUCUGCAACACCCCCACCGGUGUCACCGACUAAAUCACCUUUUAUCGGACGUGAUUGAAGCCAGUAAUGCUUCACUGUUCGACGCGAGAGCUCUUUGAGUAAAGAGACUCGGAGCCACGAGAUUUUGUACGAGUUAAGAAGGAUGUAACGGUACUCUGAAUUCGAUAUACAUGGGCAACAAUUGUUAUAUACACUGGGACGGGAAGACGGUUGGGGUUUCAGGGGCGGAAAAGGCUUGGAGUCUACGAGGGCUAUAUAGGCUGUUUCUGGCAGCUUGUACAACACCUAUGUCUAAAGAAAUGAAUGUUUUGUUGAAGUCAG